AAUCACAGAGGAGUUUUCACUGUGAGGAAAGGAAACCUCUUGGUCAGCCUCAGCAGAGGGUGUAACCCCCAGUUCUGUUCCAUUUCUGCAGAAUCUGAUGGUUUUUAAGCUCAGCACAUGGAGCUGCGUAUGCCCCUGCCAUUAGCACACACACUGAAUGAGGAGCUUAAAAGUCAACCCCAAAUUGGGCUCAAAAGUGAGUAUGUGGAAGGUAAAUGAAGACACAGAAGAGAUGCUGGUCACGGAGCCUCCUUCAAGACUGAGUGAAGCUCUGGGUGAAGAUGGCUGCUGCAAGUGUAGUCACCCACCCUGGCAAGACCAACCUGGAAUACUAUAGGAACGACAGCACAGAGCUGUCCCUGUAUGGAAUCCCAGUGAACAACAGGGACUUUAUGUGUGACAUGAGGCAGGUCAGGCAGUUUGCUCGAGCCUUCCUGCCUGUGUUCUUCUGGCUCAUCUUCUCUGUGGGCACUGUGGGAAAUGCCUUGGUCCUGCUCGUGUAUUGCAAACACUGCUUCAGGAGGAGCUUGAUGGAUCAGUACCUGCUUCACUUGGCCAGUGCAGACCUCCUCCUCCUCUUCACCCUCCCCUUCUGGGCCAAGGCUGCCUCCGAUGGCUGGAUCUUCAAGAACCUCAUGUGCAAAGUUGUCAACAGUAUGUAUAAGAUCAACUUCUGCAGCUGCAGCUUAUUUCUAACCUGCAUCAGCUUGGGCAGGUACAUCACUAUUGUCCAGGUGACGAAAGCUAACGCCUCUAAGCGAAGGCAGCUCCUGCGCAGCAAAGUGAUGCGCUGGGCUGUCUGGCUGACAUCCGUGAGCCUGUGCAUCCCAGAAAUCAUGUACAGCCAAAGCAUGCAGGUGGGUGACACAACAGUUUGCAAAAUCACAUAUCCACCAACCAUCAGCAUGAAUUUCAGAGUUACUGUCCUAGCCUUGAAAGUCACAUUUGGAUUCUUCCUCCCGCUCCUUGUCAUGAUUAUUUGUUACACCCUUAUCAUCAACACCCUCCUGCAAGCCAAAAGAUCCCACAAGCAGAAGUCACUGAAGAUCAUCACCAUGAUCAUCACCGCUUUCCUCCUCUCCCAGUUCCCGUACAACAUUGUUUUGCUGGUCAAAGCCAUCAGCACCUGUGCCAGGGCGACAGAGAGCUGUGAUGCUGCCGGGCGGCUGGACAUCACGCUGCAGGUCACCCAGAGCAUCGCCUUCCUCCACAGCUGCCUCAACCCCUUUCUCUACACCUUUGCUGGUGAGCGGUUCAGGACAGCCCUGGGCAGGGCAAUGCUGAGUGGUGGCUUCUGCUGGGGCAGGGGCCAAGACCAGUGCUCCUCUGCCUGCAACAGCCAUGAGCACAGCUCACACUGGUCCUUUGCCGUGCUGGGGAAGCGGCGGGUGAGGAGCUCCUUCACUCUCAAGCGCACGCUUAAUCAUAGAGUCAUAGAAUCAGCCAGGCUGGAAAACACCUUUAAGAUCAUCAAGUCCAACCACUGACCUCCUCCAUUAUGGCCCCUCCGUGCCAAGUCUUCUUGUAAGUUAGUGUUUGUCUCUGCCCUGCUCCAGAGGAGCACCAGACUCCUUG